GUUAAUUUCUAAACCCCUCCACACUCUUUCUUUUCCCCUCCAAUUCAAAAUCUCUCUCUCUCUCUCUCUCUCUCUCUCUCUCUCUCGGGGUAUACAAACACAUUUAUAAAUGAGGGGAUCGACGACGAAGCACGACGAUGGUGGUGUGUGGGGAUCGGAUCCGGUCCCCGCGCGAAGGGCGCUGAGCGCCGAUUCGUCGCCGAUCUCGUCGGCGAGGAGGAGGAGCCUCCUCAUCGGCAACGACGACGACGACGAGGAGGAGGAGGAGGAGGAGGAGCUCGUGGAGGUCACCCUCGACCUCCGCGACGACGACACCCUCGUCCUCCGCAGCGUCGCCCCCGCCGCCCCGGCGACGGCGACGACGACGACGACGCCUCCGCCGAUGUUCGCGAUGCGGCGAAGCGCUUCGCACCACCGCCUCCUCCUCCGCCGCUUCUCGCGGGAGCUGCGCGCGAGGCAGGUCCCGCUCGACCUCAAGGCGGAGCUGCUCCGCUUCUCCCGCAACCUCGGCCUUCGCCUCCGCGGCCGCGCCGGCGCCGGCGCCGGCGUCGUCGGCGCCGGCGGAGGCGGAGGCGGCGCGGCGGUGGAGGCGGCGCUGGCGGCGCGCGCGGCGCGGCGCGAGCGGGCGAUGGCGGCGCGGGAGCGGGCGCGGGAUCGGGCGCGCGCGGGGGCGGCGCGCGGCGCGAUCCGCGGGCUCCGGUUCAUCAGCCGGAGCCGCGCCGACGCGUGGGGCGAGGUCGAGGGAAGCUUCGAGAAGCUCGCGCGCGACGGGUUCCUCUCCCGCUCCGAUUUCGCUCAAUGCAUCGGAAUGAUGGAAUCGAAGGAGUUCGCGUCGGAGUUAUUCGACACGCUGAUGCGGAGGAAGGGGAUGAAGAAGGAGAAGGUGAGCAAAGAUGAGCUCUGGGAGAUGUGGUCGCAGAUCACCGACCAAAGCUUCGACUCUCGCCUCCAAAUCUUCUUUGACAUGGUGGAUAAGAACGCGGAUGGGCGGGUAACAGAGGGGGAAGUUAAAGAGAUAAUAAUGCUUAGCGCCUCGGCCAAUAAGCUGUCGAGGCUCAAAGAACAAGCCGAGGAAUACGCAGCUCUAAUCAUGGAGGAGUUGGAUCCCGAAGCACUCGGCUACAUCGAGUUAUGGCAACUGGAAACUCUCUUGCUGCAAAAGGACACAUACCUGAACUACAGCCAAGCUCUGAGCUACACAAGCCAAGCACUUAGCCAGAACUUGGUGGGACUAACAGGGAAGGGCCCUAUUCACAUUCUAAGCACAAAGCUCGGUUACUACUUGGAGGACAAUUGGAAGCGCCUGUGGGUGCUGACACUAUGGAUCGCGGUUAUGGUGGCGCUUUUCACGUGGAAGUUCAUCCAGUAUCGGAACCGAUACGCAUUCCAGGUGAUGGGGUACUGCUUGGCCACUGCGAAAGGCGCUGCAGAGACAUUGAAGCUCAACAUGGCCCUCAUUCUCCUUCCCGUGUGCCGGAACACCAUUACUUGGUUGCGGUCAACCAGUGCUUCUCGCGUUUUGCCUUUCGAUGAUAACAUCAACUUCCACAAGACCAUUGCAGCGGCAAUUGUGGUUGGAAUAAUCCUUCACGCCGGUAACCACCUCUCCUGCGACUUCCCUAGGCUCAUCUCCUCCUCUCCUGACAUGUACUUUCCCCUCUCCAAAGACUUCGGUCCGACAAGGCCCACGUACACGGAGCUCAUCAGCGGUCCAGAAGGCAUAACCGGGAUCCUCAUGGUCCUAUGCAUGGCGGUGGCAUUCACUCUCGCCACACGUUGGUUCCGACGUAGCAUAGUAAAGUUUCCUAAGCCUUUUGACAAACUGACCGGAUUCAAUGCAUUCUGGUACUCGCACCACCUGUUUGUAAUUGUCUACAUUCUAUUCAUCAUUCAUGGACAGUUUCUCUACCUUGUCCACCAUUGGUACCUGAAAUCAACCUGGAUGUAUCUUGCUGUUCCUGUUUCUCUGUAUGCAGGGGAGAGGAUCCUAAGAAGCCUCCGAUCUAGCUAUUAUUCCGUUCGCCUGCUAAAGGUUGCUAUAUACCCUGGUAAUGUUUUGACAUUGCAAAUGUCUAAGCCUCCGGCAUUUCGCUACGAGAGUGGACAGUAUAUGUAUGUUCAGUGCCCUGCAGUUUCACCCUUCGAAUGGCAUCCUUUCUCAAUAACUUCAGCGCCAAGUGAUAGCUAUCUCAGUGUUCACAUCCGACAAUUAGGAGAUUGGACACGAGAGCUCAAGCGGGUCUUUGCAGAGGCUUGUGAACCCGCGGCGGCGGAGAAAAGUGGCCUCCUUAGAGUGGAUGGCACUACCAAGAGAAGCGUACCAAAGCUCUUGAUCGACGGGCCUUUUGGUGCACCAGCUCAGGACUACAAGAACUAUGAUGUGUUACUACUCGUCGGACUAGGAAUCGGAGCAACGCCUUUCAUCAGCAUAUUGAAAGAUCUGCUUAACAACAUUGUGAAAACAGAGGAGGAAGAAGAUGCUAUAUCAGAUGUUCAUCCGAAUCACGGAGAUACUGAUCUGGCCACAGUUGUGAGGACUCCAACAAAACCAAAGCGAAAUCUCAAGACGACGAAUGCGUAUUUCUACUGGGUAACACGCGAACAAGGCUCUUUCGAUUGGUUUAAGGGAGUUAUGAAUGAGGUUGCUGAAUUAGAUCAAAGGGGCGUAAUCGAGAUGCACAACUAUCUGACAAGCGUGUACGAAGAAGGGGAUGCUCGAUCUGCGCUAAUAACCAUGAUUUCAGCUCUCAACCACGCGAAGAAUGGUGUAGAUAUAGUCUCUGGAACCAGAGUACGAACGCAUUUUGGGAGGCCCAGAUGGAAGAAGGUUUUCUCCAAAACAUGCUCUAAGCACCCAUUAGCCAAGAUUGGAGUAUUCUACUGCGGAGCCCCAGUACUGGCGCAAGAACUAGGCAGACUUUGCUAUGAGUUCAAUCAAAAAGGCACCACCAAAUUUGAAUUCCACAAGGAGCAUUUCUAAACUCUUCUCUUGUACAGCCUCUUUUAUAUAUAUAUAUAUAUCCUUUUUGUGUAAAGUAUAGGGAUUAGGAAAUAAGAAAAGUAUAGGAGUACCAGGCACCAUAUAUGCUUAGUAUAUACUCCUCAAAGAUGAGGUAGCAAAAGUGGAAAAAAGAAAAAGAAAAUGGCAGUUGAUUAUCUUGAAUGUUUAUUUAAAUAAGAUGGAGAUUUCAUAUUGCAAUUGAACUGUCUAUAAUAAUUCCUGCACAGAGUGUGUUGGUUAUUAUUUAGAGUACUAUUUAGGAGGUGGCAAAUACCCAAAGCCACUCGUUGAUGUACUAUUUCUAUUAUUAGUUAGUUAUGUGAAAAGAAAAGUGUACAUCUUACGAUUAUUUUAUGUCAUAUUUGUAAAUGGCAAGCAACUGCUAUAAAAUAAACAGAAUUUUUUUCUUUUGUUUGCCA